AUGUCGACUCUCAGUAAAUUCCAUAUCAGAGCUGCUAAAUUAACCGAUGUGGAGACUAUUCUACAGCUGAUCUAUGAGCUUGCAACUUACGAGAAAGAGCCGGAGUCUGCCAAGGCAACUCCUCAGCUGUUAGAACGAAACCUCUUCGGCGACACGCCAGUAGCGCAUGCUCUUCUGGCAGUCUCGGGUACAGAGGCCACGCCCGGACCUCCGAUCGGCCUAGCCUUAUACUUCUUUAACUUCUCCACCUGGACAGGAAGGCCAGGUUUGUACUUGGAAGACUUAUAUGUAAAACCGGAGCUCAGAGGGCAAGGCAUUGGCAAAGCCCUCUUUGGCGAGCUCAGCAAGGUGGCUCGGGAGAAGGACUGUGCGCGAAUGGAUUGGUCUGUCCUUAAGGUAUGCAUGCCAUCGCGCAAUACCCCUAAAUGGAACCAGCCUUCGAUUGACUUCUAUGAGAAGUCUCUAGGUGCGAAGCCGAUGUCGGAGUGGCUGGGCAUGAGGCUCGACGAGCAGGGAAUUGAAGGCCUUUCCAAGUUCGUAACCAAGUAG